AUCACUAUGGAAUACCACUGGAUACUGCUGGCUGUCUUUUUACACUUAACUUUCCGUCCAGGCAACACCAAGCCAAUCAUUACCCCCAUUGGCAAUCACCUUGUCAUCGAUCUCAACCAACCCUUCGAGCUGAUUUGCCAUGGUGAGAAGGAGAUCCGAUGGCAGCGGGAGGGCCGGCCGAAUGUGAAGCAGCGGGGCGAGAAGAGGAUCAAUGGCAUGUCCACGCUGCACAUCACUAGGGCUCUGCCCAAUCUCAUGGGCCGCUACAUCUGCCUGGAGAACAGCACUGGGGAGCAAUCGUCCAUCUACAUCUAUGUUCGAGAUCUUGAAAAUCCCUUCAGAAAAUCAAUGGUGCUCAACAUUCUCACUCGUGUGGGAGAAAAUGCAACCAUUCCCUGCCUGGCAACUGAUCCAAGUUUGGACAACCUGCGCCUGGAAACAUGCUCCAGCGCAGCACCGGCCUCUGGGCUCCAGUAUUCUGCGAGCCUGGAACAAGGCAUCAUCAUCCCUAACGCGCAAAAGGCCUACGAAGGUUGCUAUGUAUGCACAGGAAAACUCAGGGAAAAGUACAUCAGAUCACGUGACUACUUCCUGACAGUGAGACCAGUCCCCGUCGCUCGUCCUGUGAUUGAGAUGCAAGCCCCCAAGAGACUGAUUCUCAGACAGGGCGAGAGUCUCUUACUCACCUGCAACACCACCAACGUCAAUGGAGAGAUCCAGAUGCGGUGGGUGACCCCACCCGGUUCGGGUGCCGUCUGGUAUCCACAGCAACCAGCAAAGGUUGACGGUGCGUCUCAUAUCCUGACGGAGCACUUCACUCAUGUGCGUAGCUCCACAUUGCACAUCGCGGCGGUCAGACAACAAGAUGCCGGGAGGUACCGAUGUGAAGCUGAGAAUGGCAAGGGGGUCAGCAUGCAGUCAGUGUGGCUUGAUGUGUAUGACAGGGGAUUCAUAAACUUAACGCCCACGAGCAACAGAACCAUCCGCGUCCGUUCAGGUGAGAGUUUGUCUCUAAACGUUGACAUGGAGGCGUAUCCCAAACCACACACCUUCUCAUGGAGCUUCAUGGGCCAUGGGCUGAAGAACACCACCGACCAUGUCAUCACGGCACUCAGCCAUGAAUAUAGGUACGGCAGUGAGCUGAGGCUGGUGCGACUGAAAAUGUCAGAAGGGGGAGUUUACACAUUUCGAGCCUCCAACAGUGACGCAGCAGUAAAUCAGACGUUCACCAUCUUUGUAAUCAGUAAACCUGAGAUUGUAUCCCAUGAUGGCCCAGUGGAUGGACAGGUGCGCUGUGUGGCGGAGGGGUUUCCUGCCCCCCAGAUCACAUGGUACUACUGUGAGCAGCCGUACAUCAGAUGCUCCCAACAGGGCAAUGCCACCCAUGAGGAGCAAAAUGUCCUCACCGUCACACUGUCCAGCCCAAUAUUUGGAAAGACAGAGGUGGAGAGCCGGGUCAAUGUCAGCAGGGGACGAUUCAAUACUCUGGAAUGUGUGGCAACUGUGGACGGGGAGCAGGCCUACACACUCUUCUCUAUCAGUGAGAGAACUGUUCCCCAUGAUCUCUUCACCCCGCUGCUUAUUGGCUCUGUAUCAGCGGCAGGCAUCCUCUGUCUGGUCCUCAUCAUGCUGUUCUACAAGUACAUGCAGAAACCCAAAUACCAGAUUCAGUGGAAAGUUAUCGAGGGCAUUCAUGGGAACAACUAUGUGUACAUUGACCCCACCCAACUACCAUACGAUCAUCAGUGGGAGUUUCCUCGCAACAACCUGCGUUUUGGGAAAACGCUGGGAUCUGGUGCAUUUGGGAAAGUGGUGGAAGCCACCGCAUAUGGACUCUCCAAAGCAGAUUCGGUCAUGACAGUAGCUGUGAAAAUGCUCAAAUCAAGCGCUCACUCCACAGAGAAAGAGGCACUGAUGUCAGAGCUGAAAGUCCUCAGUUACUUGGGAAACCACAUGAAUAUUGUCAACCUGCUGGGAGCCUGCACUGUCGGAGGCCCUACACUUGUGAUAACAGAGUACUGCUGCUUUGGAGACCUUCUUAACUUUCUACGACGAAAGAGAGAAUCCUUCAUCUGCUACAAGAGCGAGGAAGACUGCCACUAUCGCAACAUCGUGCCGCAGAGCGACGCUGCAGGAGACAGCUUGAAUAGCUACAUGACCAUGAAGCCUUCUGUUGCUGGCAGCCAUCCUUUCAGUUCGUCCCCUGAGAAGAGACGCUCGCCACGCAAAGGUGGCUCAUAUGUUGAAGCAGACGCAGAGAGUGAGAUGUUUGACGAGGAUGGUUUGUCUCUGGACACCGAAGACCUGCUCAGCUUCUCUUAUCAAGUGGCCAAAGGCAUGGAGUUCUUGGCCGCCAAAAAUUGUAUCCACAGAGACCUGGCAGCCAGAAAUAUCCUCCUGACUCAAGGAAGGGUGGCAAAGAUCUGUGAUUUUGGCCUGGCCCGGGACAUCACCACAGACGCCAACUAUGUAGUCAAAGGAAGUGCACGUCUGCCGGUGAAAUGGAUGUCUCCAGAAAGCAUUUUUGAGUGCGUGUACACGUUUGAAAGUGACGUGUGGUCCUACGGCAUCUUGCUUUGGGAAAUCUUCUCACUAGGAAACAGUCCUUAUCCUGGUAUGCCUGUGGAUGCCAAGUUCUACAAACUGAUAAAAGAAGGAUACAGAAUGGAUGCUCCAGAGUUUGCACCCCGUGACAUGUAUGAGAUUAUGCGGUCCUGCUGGGAUGCUGACCCCCUCAACAGACCCCCCUUCAGGAAGGUCGUGGAAAGGAUUGAACAGCAGCUGUCGGAUGCCACUAAACAUAUUUAUCUGAACUUCAGCUUCAGGCUUCCUGUGACGCCCAGAGAGAGGGAGGAGCCCAGUUCACACAGCGCAGCGUUUCACAGUCUCAACUCAGCCGGCACUCAUAGCGCUGCGACUCAGCCCUUACUGGUCCAGCACGAGGUCUUCCUGGAGGGGACAACCCUCACAGCCCAGCGGGUGUGAGCACCCACCCGACCUGUCUGGCUGCCUCAUAAAGUGCCUGAAACGUGCGCCACAUACCAACCCAACCACUACACCACUCCACUGCCCCGAUCCCGGCCGCACAUGUCACGUGUGCAGACUGAUGGCAAUCACUGUGUAUGACAAGAAAGAACAACCAAGGACAAAUGGCUUUUAUCAUUGUUAUCACUAUCAUUGCCUACGACAGUUGGACUUAUUCUCCCUUACUGACAAAGACUUGUCGAGGUACCCGGGACGGACUCAAGUCGUUACUAUAAAACUGUCAUCACGUCCAAUUUUAGACUGUUAUCCGUUUUUGUUAUUUUCAGUUUUACAU